AUGGCUGAUAUUGACGAGGCUAUCAAAUAUGUCAAGAAAGCGAUCGGCACCAACCCAACAAACGUCGAAAAUUUAGAACAGCUUGGCAACCUUCUCAACGACAGAUAUCUUAGCACUGGUAUGCUUGUGGAUCUAGAUGCAUCCGUUCUUGCGACGAAGCAGGCUAUCGAUGCGAUAACAGAUGACGGCGCCGAAUUGGCAGACUGCUCGAACACCCUGUGUUACCGGCUUCAAGAUAGAUUCAUGGUGACAGAGGACGACGCAGACCUUGAAGAGGCCAUUCAAUUCUCACAAAAAGCAGUCGAGUUAACGAGUGCAUGCAACGCUAGAUACCUGAGUAAUCUCGCCGCAUCAUUGAAGAUCAGGUUCUCUGUUACUGGAGAGCUCAAGGAUCUGGAAGAUGGGAUUGUUCUGGCAAAACAGGCCGUUUCUGUGACGGAAAGCGAUGACCCGGAACUGCCAAAGUGGUUGAAUAACCUUGGAAACCAUCUCAGUAACAAACACUUGAUCACAGGUUCUUUGGAAGACCUAGAAGAGGCGAUCAAGUUGAGCAGACGCGCAGCCGCUUCGACAUCUGAUGCAACAAUGCGGGCUCUCUUUUUGAAUAACUUGUCGGCGAAAUUAGAUCUCAAAGCUGAGGUCACUGGUAACUCGAACACGUACGAGGAAGCCAUCGAACUGGCCAAGGAAGCCCUUACUCUGACGCCAGACGGACAUCCGGAUCAGGCAAAGUGGCUAAACAAUCUCGCAACUCACCUAAUAGAGAAGUUCGACAGGUCAUGGGACUUGAACAACUUGCAAGAUGCAAUCAAUGCUGCAAGUCAAGCUGCGGAUCUGACACCGAAUGGGCCUACGAAGGCUCUGUACCUCGACACGGUCGCAGAUGCGUUGAAUCGAAAAUAUGACAAGAUGGGUCUGUUGACAGAUCUUGAAGAAGCUAUUCGCAUGACUGAGAUGGCUCUUGAGAUGCUUCCGAGCCAUCACUCAAAACGGCCACAAAUUCUUUCUACGCUUUCAGAUCUUUUUAGUAACAGAUACCUGAGAAAAGAGAUGAUAGGAGACCUCGACAGAGCGAUUGAACUAUCCAGAGAGGCUGCUGAUGCAAAGUCUGAUAAUCACCCAUAUAAAGCGAUUUACAUCGAUAGACUUGCAAUGCAACUAAAUCUCAGAUCGUCAAUAUCUUGGGUGGACCCUCAUCUCUGGAAGGAUUUGGAAGAGUCGAUACAGCUGGAGAGAAAAGCGAUUGCCAUCACAGAGAACAACCGGCCGACCUGGUCCUUCAAGAAUAAUCUACAGGCUAUGCUUGUUAUAAAGUACGGCUUGACAAAAGACCAAGCAAUACUCGAUGACUGUACUCAACUGCAAAGAGAAGCGCUUGAAGAGAUCCCAGAAGGCCACCAGUACCGUGCAGAAAUGCUUACCAGCUUAGGUUAUCGUCUCAGGGACGGAGCAAAGAACGACUCAGACCUCGAAAAAGCUUCCGAGUAUUUUCUCGAGGCGCUGCAAAACACAAAUGCUCCUGCAAUAAGCCGUGUAAGAGCUGGCUCAGCUCUACUACAGUGCUGUCCCGAUAAAAAGAAAGCCUACCGGGCUGCCCAAGUCAUCAUGGGUCUUCUGCCUCAGCUAAUAACGAGGUCACAUGAGACCUCGGAUAAACAGCAUGCUGCGGGCUCGAGAGCUGGUAUGACGUGCAGUGCAGUAGCCGCAGCUUUGCAAGCGGACAGGUCGGUCUUUGAGGCGUUGCAGGUACUUGAACUUGGGCGCGGUGUGCUCGCAAAGUAUAGUGAGGAGAUGUUGUUGGGUCCUUUACAGUUGGGUCACCUUUCACCUCAACAAGCUAAGACUUACAUUCACCUUCGCGACGAAUUGAAGUUUCCAAAUACCCCAAGCCAAGGAAAUUCUCUCCUGGGCCAUGUUACUCAGCUCAACAAGCGUUGCGACAUGGCAACAGAGCUAGAGGAAUUGAUCGUUGAGAUACGAAAGUUACCUGGGUUCGAAGACCUUUGGACCGCCCUGACGGAGGCAGAAACACUUGAGGCUGCUGAGCGCGGAACAAUCGUCGUCAUCAAUGUCAGUCGUGCUCGAUGCGACGCGCUCCUCAUCGAGAAACACCAAAUGCGAUCUUUGGCCCUUCCCAAUAUUACAAAUGACCUCUAUGAAUUUGCUCGUACGGGCGACUUUGGUAGCUUAAAGGUUCUAGAAUGGAUGUGGGAUAAUAUCACUCAGCCAGUAUUGGAUACUCUUGGUUAUUAUCAAGUUCCUGAAGAGGAUGCAUGGCCUCAUGUCUGGUGGAUACCCACGGCCUUGUUGACUCUUUUCCCGCUCCACGCUGCAGGAUAUCACCGCAAGGAGUCUUAUGAAACUGUCCUUGAUAGGGUAGUCUCUUCCUACGCUUCUUCUAUCAGGGCCAUCAUACGUGGUCGCCAGAAAGACCUUUCAUCAUCGUUCUCUAGCACGGCUGUACCGCGAGCGUUGCUUGUAGGCAUGCAAAAAACUCCAGAAAGUGGAGCUUUGCCCUUUGCAAACAAGGAAAUAGACAUUGUACAGAAGUUAUGUCAAUCAGCCGGCCUAGAGACCGUCCGGCCGAGGCCACGAAAAGAAGAGGUAUCCGAGCAUCUAUUAGACUGCAAAAUGUUCCACUUUGCAGGCCAUGGCUACACCGAUGAAAACGACCCCUCCAACAGUCAUCUACGCUUGGAAGACUGGAAAGAGGACCCGUUUCGCGUCGCCGACCUGCAGCGAAUGAAUCUUCGCGAACACGCGCCGUUCCUCGCAUAUCUCUCUGCCUGUGGUACUGGACAGAUGAAACGGUAUAACCUGGUCGACGAGAGCAUCCAUUUGAUCAGCGCAUACCAACUAGCUGGCUUUCGUCACGUCAUCGGUACGCUGUGGAAGGUAAGUGAUCAAUGCUGUGUGGAUGUAGCUAAAACUACGUAUGAGAGCAUGAGGGGGUCAGGCCUGAGUGAUGAAGGUGUGAGUUGGGGGUUGCAUCGGGCUUCCAGGGAGUUGCGUGAUAAAUGGGUCAAGGAGCAGAAACAGGGGAGAAGCUCGUUGACAAGAGGUGUUCCAGUCCUAGGAAAUGGCAACGGUCAUAGUGUGACGUUUAAGAAAUAUUGUCAGGAUGAGAAGGGGAGGGAUAUCUCCUUGGAACCAAGACGCAUUGAUGUACCCGAGGACGAGAUUUCUCAGCUUUUAAUCAUGUCACCGUCGGUUUCGACGCGAUUUGUCUUUGUUGAGAAUAUUUCGCCCGGUCUCAUAAUGCUCCUUGGAGAGAAGCUAGAUAUCGACCCUUUGUUCUUUGCGGACUAUAUUCAUCAUGCUUUCGCGAAUCUAGAGAAAACCUCAUCGCCUCCGUCACUAGCCACCCUCCCGUCAUCCAUAGCAACAAGAGAUCAUAUUCAUCUUCACUGCCAGAAGGUUAUUGAUCUCGAGGGAACGGACGAUGAGCUGAAGAAAGCUCGGUAUGAUUUGAAAACGAGGUCGAACGUUCCGCGUCAUGUCCGACGUUUGGUCACUCUUCCCGGUAAACGGCUGGCCCUAGCGCAAACGUGCUGUUCUUUCUUCAUCAGGCACAUUGGAGAUAUGAGUAUUUGUCUAUUCCUCGUGGAUCCUCCUGUCACGUCUGUUGUUCAUUCGCUUGGUACAGAUCUCACAUCAAUGUACAAAGCAAGUGUUUCGCAUGGUAGCUUUGAAGACUUCCGAGCACUAGGAUCCUAUUCCACUUUCGAGAAAUCUCCUUUUGGUGAUACCUGGAAUAAGUCAUCAAUGAGGAAAGCAUCAUACACUACCUCCAGGCUUGUCCACCGCCGGGAUUAG